AACCUGUGGCUCCAGUGUGAGUGGGGGUCCUGUUCCUUUGUGUGUUCCACCAUGGAGGAGUUUUUCCAGCAUGUCACUCAGCACCUGCAGCAGCACAUGCAUGGCCCCAGGGAGGAAGAUGAGGAAGAUGACCCACUUGCUCACUGAUACAGCUAGUGUGGCUAGCCAGCUUGCUAUGGGGAUCCCUGUCUCCACUUCCCAAGCGCUGAGAUUACAGAGGAAGAAUUCUCCUGUUUGUGGCAGGAGUGUGGCUUUUGCUCUCUGGAUAAUUCCACUGACCUCAUCCGCCAUGUCUACUUCCACUGCUACCAUACCAAGCUGAAACAGUGGGGGCUGCAAGCCUUGCAAAGCCAGGCUGACCUCAGUCCCUGCAUCUUGGACUUCCAGAGCCGCAACGUCAUUCCUGAUGUCCCAGGCUUCCUGUGUCUGUGGGAACAUUGUGAGGUCAGCAGACAGUGCCAGAAAUAGGGGUGGAAGGAAGUUGGGGAUCUUAACUCAAGAUGCUUUGACUCUUUCUGGGGUGCCUUAUAUUUCUGAGACUUUUGCUAGUAUCUCUCUAUUUCUGUGUAAUUCUUUUCCUCAAACUUUCCCAUCCCCUUCAAGUUAAUCUGGGGGAGAGCCAAGAAGCCCCUUUUGGACUCAGGGGUAAGAGUCCCUCUGCCCACCCUCAGUCCUCACCCCAAGUUGCCCUGGCACAGAGCUCCUUCGACAAUCCUGAGUGGUUCUAUCGGCACGUGGACGCACACAGCCUGUGCUGUGAAUACCAAGCUGUCAGCAAGGACAACCAUGUGGUGCUGUGUGGCUGGAAAGGCUGCACCUGCACCUUCAAGGACCGGUGUAAGCUUCGAGAACACCUUCGUAGCCACACCCAGGAAAAAGUGGUGGCCUGCCCCACCUGUGGGGGCAUGUUUGCCAACAACACCAAGUUCUUAGAUCACAUCCGUCGCCAGACUUCAUUGGAUCAGCAGCGGUUUCAGUGCUCUCACUGCUCCAAGAGAUUUGCCACAGAGCGGCUUUUGCGGGACCACAUGCGUAACCAUGUGAAUCACUAUAAAUGCCCCUUGUGUGACAUGACCUGCCCACUGCCUUCUUCCCUCCGCAACCACAUGCGCUUUCGACAUAGUGAGGACCGGCCCUUUAAAUGUGACUGUUGUGACUACAGUUGCAAGAAUCUGAUUGACCUCCGGAAGCACCUGGACACCCAUAGCAAGGAGUCAGCCUACAGGUGUGAUUUUGAGAACUGCGGCUUCAGUGCCCGGUCGCUAAGCUCUAUCAAGUCCCAUUAUCGCAAAGUGCAUGAAGGAGACUCAGAGCCAAGGUACAAAUGUCACGUGUGUGACAAAUGCUUCACACGUGGCAACAACCUUACCGUGCACCUUCGCAAGAAGCACCAGUUCAAGUGGCCCUCAGGGCACCCCCGUUUUCGGUACAAGGAGCAUGAAGACGGCUACAUGCGGCUGCAGCUGGUUCGCUACGAGAGCGUGGAGCUGACGCAGCAGCUACUGCGGCAGCUACAAGAGGGAUCAGACUUGGGAGUGACGCUGAACGACAGCAGCCUGCAGGGCAUUGUUCUAGAAACUGUGCUGGGGGAGCCAGGACCUGAAGAAGAGGCGGAAGAGGAUGUGGGUGACGAGGGGACUGCCCUCUCAGCUUUUCAGGACAACCCCAGCCCUGUCAUCCAUGUGGUAAAUCAGACCACCACCCAGGGCCAGCAAGAGGUUGUCUACUAUGUGCUGUCAGAAGCCCCAGGAGAGCCCCCACCAGCCCCUGUACCACCCUCGGGGGACCUCAUGGAAAAGCUUCAAGGAAUACCUGAGAAUCCAGAGGUCCAGAUGGUGUAAAGACUGCAGAGCCUGACUGACCACUCCUACUCCAGACCUUGACCUUGGGUUUGAGCCAGGCAGGUGGUGGUACCGCUAACAGGCAGUCCUUGUCCAUGGAUGCUUUAGGAGUGGUGCUGGAGUGGAGGUGUCUCCUCUGGCCCAGACUUGCCUUGUUCUGCAGACUCUGAGGACUUGUCUCUUACCACACGGCUAUUGUGGGGAUCCUAAGGAGUUGGGAUUUUUGGAGGUGAUCCUGUAUGUGUGUGCUUGUUGUGAGGGCUGUUGUUAGGCUCAAGUAUGACCUCCCCUCAACGUGCUAGACAGUAAAUCAGUCAGUUCACAUCUAGUCCCACCUCUAAAGUCCAUAGGCCCUGGGAUGAUGAGUGACUGGUCCUUAACAAGGGCCCUUUCCUCACCACCAGUUAAGCGCUGGUCACCAGUAUCCAUUCCUCUCUUAAGGUUUCAUCCUAUACCCCAGGGACAUUUGUGGUUAUCCUCAGGGACAGGAUUGGAGGCUGUGUUGUGUGUGUGUGUGACAAUUGUUUUUGGUAAUAAACACUUGUUACUCAUUUC